AUGUCAGUUCCUGUAUACACCAGUGCGCGCAUGUCUCCUACAAGUUCUUCGAAUUUCAGGUUUGACUGCUUGAAUUCUGGGCCCAGCCAUCGAGCCGGGAUUCCACCAGCAAGAGUAAUGCCACCGCUGACUUCCUUCAGGGUUUCGCAUUUUGUGCUCAUUUUCAUAUCAUUAAAGGGCAUGUCCAUGAAAAAUGAGCAAUCAUUUAGUUUGUCUGAUCAUUCCUCGCAAGCAAUCACGGCAUUUCCGAAGAGCCUCCGGCAGCACAGACUAGUACCCUUCGUUUCGUCUAAAACCAACAAAGGCUUCAAUGAGAAUGUCUUUCGGUCCUUAUAUUCAAGCCCAAAUGAGAAGCAAGGUUGGUCAGGCAGUGGUCGAAACGUUAAGCAAAUCCAAUUCAUUCUAUUUGAAGCGUCAUUUCACUGGCUAGUCUGUGUUGUGUUCACGUCCCCUUCCAAAAGCCAAGCAGACAUUCAGAAUAAAGCCAAUAAACUGCCCGGCAACCGGAGACCGUCAUGUGUCUAUGUCCUGUACGUAUUCUUAAACGUCGUCAAAGGAACUAAAACGGAAUUGGAUCGAGAUCAUGGGAGGAUAUCGUUGGAGGGUCAAUCCGGAGUGACACGUCAAACAGCUUGGACGAAAUGCGGGGAGUCUCACGUGUUCGAAAUGGAAAAAUACGUUUUCCCCACGAAGCCCAAAGCUAAUGCGGGUUCGAUUGUCUCUGGCCCAAAAUAUCGCUUUACCGUCCUUACCGAUCGUCUGCUGCGUUUUGAAUGGGCGGAAGAUGGUCAGUUUGAAGAUCGAGCUUCCACUUUUGCCAUCAACCGUGACCUUCCAGUCCCCGAGUUUAGAAUAAUUGACAACGACGGAUUAGAGAUCAUCACAGAGCACUUUCACCUGAGUUAUGACAAGAAGAGAUUCAGUCCCAACGGCAUGGUCGCUCAUCUGAGCGCGAAAACGACCAAGUAUGGAACCGAAUGGCGAUUUGGGACUCCGUCCACUCUCAACUUGGGAGGGACGGCAAGAACAUUGGACCUAUGCGAUGGUCGAUGUGACAUGGGAGAUGGAGUCCUGUCGAAAGCUGGCUUUGCAGUGAUAGAUGAUUCCGAGUCCAUGCUCUUUGAUGGACAGGGCUUUGUCGUGAGCCGGCCAGCCGGAGACCGAGUAGAUGGAUAUUUCUUCGCCUACGGUCGCAAUUAUAAGGCAGCGAUAAAAGCAUUUUAUGCUGUAUCUGGCAAACAGCCAGUCGUACCUCGAUACGCUUUAGGCAACUGGUGGAGUCGUUACCAUCCAUAUCGACAGGAGGAGUAUCUCGAACUCAUGGACAAGUUCCACAAGAUGGAUAUUCCAUUGUCUGUCGCGGUUCUCGACAUGGAUUGGCAUUUGGUGUCAGAUGAGCAAGUGCCACAUGCUGGGUGGACAGGGUAUACGUGGAAUAAGAAGCUGUUGCCCGACCCGGCAAUGUUCGCGCGUGAACUUCACGAACGCAACCUGAAGAUAACAUUGAAUGACCAUCCCCACGAUGGGAUCCACUCUCACGAAGAUUCUUACGAAGAAAUGGCAAAGUUUCUGGGUCGCGAUACGAGCCAUAAAACCCCGAUACUAUUUGAUUCAACCGACCCGAAGUUUAUGGAUGCUUACCUCAACAUUCUUCACCGAAACCUUGAAGCCGUAGGAUGUGAUUUUUGGUGGAUCGAUUGGCAGCAGGGGCCUUACUCAAAGAUCCCUGGAAUUGACCCCAUGUGGAUGCUGAAUCAUUUCGCUUAUCUCGAUCAUGGACGAGAUGGCAAGAUCCCGCUCAUCCUCUCCCGAUAUGCUGGCCCCGGAAGUCAUCGAUAUCCCCUGGGUUUCUCCGGUGACACAGUGGUGACCUGGGCAUCACUCGAGUUCCAACCAGAAUUUACAGCGACUGCAUCGAAUAUUGGGUACGGGUGGUGGAGCCACGAUAUUGGCGGCCACAUUCAUGGUGGCCGUGAUGACGAGCUUGUCACUCGAUGGGUGCAGCUGGGAGUCUUUUCACCUAUCAUGCGACUGCAUUCAUCAUCGUCGCGGUGGAUGUCUAAGGAGCCAUGGUUGUAUAGUGAUGAGUGUCGGUCAGCUAUGACACAAUUUUUGAGAUUUAGACACAGAUUGGUGCCAUUCCUCUACACACGGAACAUAAUUUGCGCAAAAGAGGAUGAGCCGCUUGUACAACCAAUGUACUGGGAGUACCCAGGACGCGAAGAGGCAUACUCCGUUCCAAACCAAUUCAUCUUCGGAUCUGAGCUGGUAGUCGCUCCAAUCGUGCAGCCACGGGACAAACGGACUGGCCUGGCAUCGGUGAAAGCCUGGCUGCCUCCCGUUGGACAACUCGUUGAUAUCUUUACUGGCACAGUCUAUGACGGGGAUCGCGAGCUGACCUUAUAUCGGCCCUUGUAUGGGUACCCGGUCCUGGCUCGGGAGGGAUCAAUUAUACCUUUAGACGCUUCUCCCAGCAACGGCUGCCUUAACCCGGGUGCCUUCGACGUUUUCGUCGUGGUCGGUAAAGAUGGGUAUACUAAUGUUCUCGAAGAUAGCCGAGAUGAUAGACUACAGGAGGAUGAUAAUGCCAGGGAUGGAAAGCAACGGGUCUCCACCAUCCGAUAUGCACAGGCCGAAGGAAACCUUACUGCGGAGGUCACCGGCAGAGUGUGGACGUUCUACUUCCUUGGCAUUACCUCUGUACCACAGAAUCUCAGGGUAUUGGUUAAUGGAAUUGACCGAACAGAGGAUGCUAUUGUGGACGUCUAUAGCUAUCCGAAAGGACAAAAUCUUAAUGUCAGGUGUCCGUACGAGUCGGAUGAACGAUACGUUAUCACUAUUGAACUGGGGCGAAGCCCCCAGCUGAGUGCAAUGGAUCACAUUCCUCGUAUUGAAGCAAUGAUCAUGGACUACCAGAUUGAGUUCCAGAUGAAGAACAAGCUGUGGGAUGCUGUGCAGGGGUUUCACGACCGGCCUCUCAAUGUGACGAUUGGACGCUUGACCGCACUGGGUUAUGACGAGGCCAUUAUGGGGCCCAUUCUUGAGUUGAUAUUAGCAGAUAGUAGAACAGUGAAAGUGUAG